AAAUAAAAAUGGGAUUUCCAAUGGCAAAAAUAAAGGAUGGCAAUUCAGGAAAUUCCCGAUCGUCUUCCAAUCCCCCCUUUUCCAGUCGUACGGUCUUCAUUACACAAAGCAAGAUUCAAGAUCAAAUUCAAAAACAUCCUCUCUCUCUCUCCUCUUCUGCAUCAAUUCUCCUCUCCACUCUCUCCGGUACCCACCACAAACAAAAACGCCAUGGCCACACCCAGCAGCAAAACCCCUUCCACCAAAACCGAAUCGAUACUGGUCCGACUCGAUUCGACGCCUACAACCGCCUCCAGCGGCCGACUUCGCAUUCGUCGAGAACCUCUCCAUACCGGAGAUUGUCGCCUUCGGCAAGAGAUCGCUCCUCGAAGCACUCCUUGGGUUCCGGUUCAACGUCCGAGAAGUCAAGAUGGGCACUCGACGGCCUCUCAUCUUCCAAAUGGUCCACGACCCCACCGCAUUAGAGCCCGUUGUCGGUUUCAGGGUUUCAACUCUCAGUGAACAACCGGAGGUGGUUGCCAAGAUGGCAAGUGGUGUGGGGGUCCAACC